AUGGAAUUCUUCGAAAAUCAAGUUGGCGAGGUACGAUACCUGACUACUCUGGGCGAGACGCCUACUUCGGUACCACCGGUGUCUCCGGGCUCUCAACAACACAAUAGCGGCAGCAGUAUUACCACCGGUGCAGCUGCCAAGAGGAAGAAUAGCAUAGAUGAAUCGCCUAGCUCGAAAGGUCCGGCACAGCAGAGGAGCAAGAGGAAUAGAUAUAUCUCUAUCGCUUGCAACGAGUGUAAGCGACGCAAGAUUAAGUGCAACGGCGAGACACCAUGUCAACGAUGCGGAAAUCUCAAUCUCCAAUGUCUGUACGCGCCCAAUUGUUGUUCGAGCUCGUUCAAGGACUCGGAUGAGUUCAAGCAGAUGACCAACAAGGUCAAUCAAUUACAAGAGCAGGUGGACGCGCUAUUUGCGAACAUGAACGCUCUGAGAUCAGAGGCGUUGCGCCUAGCCCCCAUUCAAGAUCGACCGUCAACGUUACAAUCCGCUUCGAGUACACCUUCGACCUCUUCAGUCCCCUCUAUCACGCCUGUUCAUAGGCCGGCCGAUCUGUCUCAAUCCCGUCACCCCGGCUUUCGCGGACCUACGAGCACGCGAUUCAACCUAGAUCUCGCCAAGAAUACAUUACACAAGAUGGGCUAUAGUAACUCGCCUGAUGUUGGCGAGGCAGACAGUCUGGGUCAAGACAGCCCUGCGCCAUCGCCAAAUUUGGCGACCCAGAUGGCCAGUACCUCUGGGGCACCUUCUCGGGAUCCGUUAUGGGAGUUUGAUAAGGACGAGUUAGUACGAUUAUGCCGUGUACAUGAUGAAGAGAUCGGUAUCAUGUAUCCUGUAGUUAAAAUCGAGUCGGUCAUUCGUCACGCGCGGACUUUGUCUUCGUGGAUGGAGGCGGCUAGGAAAAGUUUCAUGGUUCCUUGGUCCGGAGAGGAAGGCGGUAUUAAAGACCGCAAUACUUUACUUCUCAAGAUCAUCAUCUGCUGUGCCAUGCAGGUUGAGGAACAUGGAAAUAGCGAGAAAGCCCAUAGGCUCUUUCUCAGUGCCCGGCCCAUGACAGAUAGGAUGUUGAUGUCCGACCCAAGCGACGUGAAGAACAUGCCAAUACUAGCGCUUGUGGCAGGUUAUUAUUUCCUCGCGAACGACGAAAUUCUUGCUUGGCGUACUAUGGGACAAGUAGCUCGCCUGUGUUUUGAACUCGGACUUCAUCGUCGUGAUGUUAUCGAACGAAUCAAUGAUCCCGAGGAACGCAAUAACGCAAUUAAUACGUUUUGGUCAGCUUAUGUAUUGGACCAUCGAUGGGCCUUUGGCACCGGCUUACCAUUUACCGUCCCAGACGACGAAGUUGACCCUCACUUGCCAUAUCCCGAUUCACAUCCCUAUCUAGUUGCCAUGAUAAACUAUUCGAAGCUCAGCGCAAGCGUAUGGCGGCUUGUACGAAGUUUCGAGCCAAGCACAGAAUUCGAAGUGCAACCAGCUGCCAUCGAGGAACUUGACUGCCAAAUAAAGGAAUGGUAUAGCAAAGUACCCCGAGAAACGCAGCUUGAAUUGGCCGACUGGGAGGCGCUGCCCAGAUACCUGAAUCCUCCUGUAAACUCACAAAAGGAAUAUGAUAUCCAACGGUUACAAAUAUGGACUUACCUCCGCUUCAAUCAGAUUCGCACAUGGCUAUAUACCCCUAUCUUACAUACUCACAGCAGCAUCAUGGACAACAUACAAUUCGCUGAGCGUGCUGUCAAACUCGCCAAAAAUACAAUCCGCUACUUAACACACUUGAAUAAUACUACGAAUAUUUAUAGGAAGAUUCAGGUCUUCUACCACCAAUUCCUGUUAGCAGCUAUUGCGGUACUCUUCCUCGCAUCGUGCCAUGCGCCAGUUAACUUCAGCGCGUCAUGCCGCAACGACUUUUAUAUGGCCCUUGAACUAGUAAAAGACCUAUCAUCCAAAUCGUGGGUGUCGCAACGGCUCUGGAGCACCAUUAAAUCGCUUCGAGAAGUCGCUCCGCGGCUCGGAUUGGCCCAUGAUCCUCACUCCACGGCCGCUUUGACGAUGGCUGGAUUAGCCACCGGCCAAAUGGGGGCACCUCCGACUCUGGUCUCCGGAUACGGAUCGCAGCCAUCGCUUGUGUCGGGGGCACCGCCUUCGUUCAGCGAUGUUCAGAACGGGCACCAGAUAUCGAGCGAGAUGUCCCGGAUAUUCGAGGGCUAUAUGGGGAAAAACACUAACCCAAAUGGCCCACCGAACCCGAGCGAACCGACACCCAUUAUCAACGAAGGCGUAGGAAUACCUUACGAAAUAGGCACCAGCGUGUAUCAACACUUUAAAGACAUGUUUUAG